AUGCCGUCAAUGUCAGGACCAAAUAUCUCCAUGCCCGAUGUGGACUUCAACCUAAAAGGUCCAAAGAUGAAAGGAGAUUUCGAUGUGUCAGGAGACCUCAAAGCACCCAAAGUAGACAUUGAAGGUCCAGAUGUUGACAUUGAAGGUUCAGGAGGAUUUAAGAUGCCAAAGAUGAAGAUGCCAUCAUUUGGAUUCAAAAGUCCUAAACUGGAGGGUCCAGAUGUUGAUCUCAACCUACCCAAAGCUGACAUUGACAUCAAGGGACCAAAUGUUGACAUUAAAGUUCCAGAACUGGACAUUGAAGGUCCAGAUGGUAAAAUCAAAGGACCGAAAUUCAAAAUGCCAUCAAUAUCUGGACCAAAGAUCUCAAUGCCAGACGUGGAUUUCAAUCUGAAAGGUCCAAAGAUAAAGGGAGAUGUGGACAUGUCCGUGCCAAUGAUUGAAGGAGACCUGAAAGCACCCAAAGUAGACUUUGAAGGUCUAGAUGUUGACAUUGAAGGUUCGGGAGGAUUUAAAAUGCCAAAGAUGAAGAUGCCCUCUAUGUCUGCCCCCAAAAUGUCAAUGCCUGAUGUUGAUUUCAAUCUCAAAGGGCCAAAGUUCAAGGGGGGAGUGGAGGGAGAAAACACUACACCCAAAGCUGACGUUGAUGGGUUGGAUGUCUCAAUAGAGAGUCCUGACAUUACACCGAAGAAGUCUAUGUUCAAAAUGCCAAAGUUUGGAUUCAAAGGGCCAAAAGUCAAGUCUCCUGAGGUUGAUGUAAAUCUUGCGAAAGCAGAUAUUAAUGUCAAAGGACCGAAAGGUAGUGUUUCAGAACUUGAGCUUGAUGUUGGGGCUACUAAAGUCAAGGGAUCCAAAUUCAAAAUGCCAAAAUUUGGAUUCAAAAGCCCUAAGGUAGAGAUACCAGAUGUAGAUAUUAACCUACCUAAAGCUGACAUUGGCAUUAAGGGACCCAGUGUUGACAUUAAAGUUCCGGAAAUUGACAUUGAAAGCCCUGAUGGCAAAAUUAAGGGCCCAAAAUACAAGAUGCCAUCAAUAUCAGGACCAAAGAUCUCUAUGCCUGAUGUGGAUUUCAACCUGAAAGGUCAAAGGAUAAAGGGAGAUGUGGACAUGUCUGUGCCAAUAAUAGAAGGAGACCUCAAAGCACCAAAAGUAGACAUUGAAGGGCCAGAUGUUGACAUUGAAGGUUCAGGAGGAUUUAAGAUGCCAAAGAUGAAGAUGCCUUCAUUUGGAUUCAAAGGACCUAACCUGGAGGGUCCGGAUGUCGAUCUCAAACUACCUAAAGCUGACAUUGACAUUGAGGGACCUGAUGUUGACAUCAACGAUGCAAACCUAGACAUUGAAGGUCCCGAUGGUAAAAUCAAAGGGCCAAAAUUCAAGAUGCCAUCAAUUUCUGGACCAAAGAUCUCCAUGCCCGAUGUGGAUUUCAAUCUAAAAGGUCCAAAGAUGAAGGGAGAUUUUGAUAUGUCAGGAGACCUCAAAGCUCCCAAAGUAGACAUUGAAGGUACAGAUGUUGACAUUGAAGGUUCAGGAGGAUUUAAGAUGCCAAAGAUGAAGAUGCCGUCAUUUGGAUUCAAAGGACCCAAACUGGAGGGGCCAGAUGUUGAUGUCAACCUUCCUAAAGCUAACAUUGAUAUUAAGGGGCCCAAUGUUGACCUCGAAGGUCCAGAACUAGACAUUGAAGGCCCAGAUGGUAAAAUCAAAGGGCCAAAAUUCAAGAUGCCAUCGAUAUCAGGACCAAAUAUCUCUAUGCCUGAUGUGGACUUCAACCUGAAAGGUCCAAAAAUGAAAGGAGAUUUCAAUGUAUCAGUCCCCAAGAUCGAAGGAAACCUUAAUGCUCCCAAAGUAGACAUCGAACAUCCAGAUGUUGACAUUGAAGGUUCAGGAGGAUUUAAGAUGCCAAAGAUGAAGAUGCCGUCAUUUGGAUUCAAAGGACCCAAACUGGAGGGGCCAGAUGUUGAUGUCAACCUUCCUAAAGCUAACAUUGAUAUUAAGGGGCCCAAUGUUGACAUCAAAGGUCCAGAACUGGACAUUGAAGGUCCAGAUGGUAAAAUCAAAGGGCCAAAAUUCAAGAUGCCGUCAGUGUCAGGACCAAAGAUCUCCAUGCCAGAUGUGGACUUCAAUCUGAAAGGCCCAAAGGUGAAGGGAGAUUUUGAUAUGUCAGGAGACCUCAAAGCACCCAAAGUAGACAUUGAAGGUCCAGAUGUUGACAUUGAAGGUUCAGGAGGAUUUAAGAUGCCAAAGAUGAAGAUGCCAUCAUUUGGAUUCAAAGGACCCAAACUGGAGGGGCCAGAUGUUGAUGUCAACCUUCCUAAAGCUAACAUUGAUAUUAAGGGGCCCAAUGUUGACAUCAAAGGUCCAGAACUGGACAUUGAAGGUCCAGAUGGUAAAAUCAAAGGGCCAAAAUUCAAGAUGCCGUCAGUGUCAGGACCAAAGAUCUCCAUGCCAGAUGUGGACUUCAAUCUGAAAGGCCCAAAGGUGAAGGGAGAUUUUGAUAUGUCAGGAGACCUCAAAGCACCCAAAGUAGACAUUGAAGGUCCAGAUGUUGACAUUGAAGGUUCAGGAGGAUUUAAGAUGCCAAAGAUGAAGAUGCCAUCAUUUGGAUUCAAAGGACCCAAACUGGAGGGGCCAGAUGUUGAUGUCAACCUUCCUAAAGCUAACAUUGAUAUUAAGGGGCCCAAUGUUGACAUCAAAGGUCCAGAACUGGACAUUGAAGGUCCAGAUGGUAAAAUCAAAGGGCCAAAAUUCAAGAUGCCGUCAGUGUCAGGACCAAAUAUCUCCAUGCCAGAUGUGGACUUCAAUCUGAAAGGCCCAAAGGUGAAGGGAGAUUUUGAUAUGUCAGGAGACCUCAAAGCACCCAAAGUAGACAUUGAAGGUCCAGAUGUUGACAUUGAAGGUUCAGGAGGAUUUAAGAUGCCAAAGAUGAAGAUGCCGUCAUUUGGAUUCAAAGGACCCAAACUGGAGGGGCCAGAUGUUGAUGUCAACCUACCUAAAGCUGACAUUGACAUUGAAGGUCCAGAAAUUGACAUCGAAGGGAAUGAUGGUAAAAUCAAAGGGCCAAAAUUCAAGAUGCCUUCAAUGUCAGGACCAAAGAUAUCAAUGCCAGACAUGGAUUUCAACCUGAAAGGUCCAAAGGCAAAGGGAGAUUUCGAUGUGUCAGUCCCCAAGUUCGAAGGAGACCUCAAAGCACCCAAAGUAAACAUCGAAGGUCCAGAUAUUGAUAUUGAAGGUUCAGGAGGAUUUACAAUGCCAAAGAUGAAAAUGCCAUCAUUCGGAUUCAAAGGCCACAAAGUUGAGGGUCCAGAUAUUGAUGUUAACCUACCUAAAGCUGACAUUGACAUUAAGGGGCCUAAUGUUGACAUCAAAGGUCCUGAACUGGACAUUGAAGGUCCAGAUGGUAAAAUCAAAGGGCCAAAAGUCAAGAUGCCAUCAGUUUCUGGACCAAAGAUCUCCAUGCCUGAUGUGGACUUCAACCUGAAAGGUCCAAAGAUGAAAGGAGAUUUCGACGUGUCAGUCCCCAAGAUCGAAGGAGACAUCAAAGGUCCAAACCUAGACAUUGAAGGUCCAGAUUGUAAAAUCAAAGGACCACAAUUCAAGAUGCCUUCAAUUUCAGGACCAAACAUCUCAAUGCCUGACAUGGACUUCAAUCUGAAAGGUCCAAAGGUGAAGGGAGAUUUUGAUAUGUCAGGAGACCUCAAAGCACCCAAAGUAGACAUUGAAGGUCCAGAUGUUGAAUUUGAAGGUUCAGGAGGAUUUAAGAUGCCAAAGAUAAAUAUGCCAUCAUUUGGAUUCAAAGGACACAAAGUUGAGGGUCCAGAUGUUGAUGUUAACCUACCAAAAGCUGAUAUAGACAUCAAGGGACCUAGUGUUGACAUUUCACGUACAGAUCUCGACAUCUUAGGCCCUGAUGCAAAGUUGUCAGGUGGUUCCCUUGAUAUGGGAAGUCCCAGUUUCAGUAUUGAAAAACCAGAGAUCAAGUUUCCAAAGUUCAAAGGUCCCACAUUUGGUAUUAAGUCCCCAGAAGUUGAAGGUCCUGAACUGAAUAUUUCUCACAGAAAGAUUGAUGUGAAGGCACCUGAGGUUGACCUUAACCUAGGGGAUGCAAAUAUCAAAGGGCCUAAAUUCAAGGCCCCAAAGUUCCACAUGGGAGGUAAGAGCCCCAAAUUAGAUUUGCCAGAGGUUGACAGUAGUCUAGAAGCCCCUGAUGUUGAUGUUCAUUUCAAAGGAAAGAAAGGCAAAUUCAAACUACCCAAAAUCAAAGGGAAAGCAAAGAAACCUGAUGUAGAUAUUGACCUUGAAACAUCAGGUGUAGAUUUAGAUGUUGACUCUCCUGAGCUUCACCUGAAAGGAGCAAAAGUAAAGAAACCCUUCUUUGGAAAACUUCAUUUCCCCGAUGUGGAAUUUGAUGUAAAAUCUCCCAAAGUUAAAGGUGAUGGCUCUCUGUCUGGUGGCUUGUCAUCUGGGAGCCUACAAGCCAAUAUUGGGGGCCCAGAUGUAAACAUGGAAGUCCCAGAUGUAAAAACUAAGUCUAACAUAAAAUUUCCAGGGAUGAAAAUCAAAGGGCCCCAGGUAAAUGUCCCUGAUGUCGACGUAAAUGUGAACGGGCAAAAUCUGAAAGGUUUUAAAGGUCCUAAGAUAGAUAUGGGAGGAGGAGGAGUAGAAGGAGACUCAAAUGUUUCAGGAUACGGUGGACUACAUUUCCCAGAGGGACACGUAUCAUUCCCCAAAAUCAAUGUUCCGAAGUACCAUGGACCAGAGAUGGGAGUAGAUGUUGAUGCAGGGGCAGGGGCAGCAGUGGUGGGUGGGAAGAUGGAUGUGCAGACUCCUUUGGUUAGUGGUAGCGUUAGUUCUCCGAGCCUGGAGCUGCACAGCCCGGACGUGAAGAACACUGGUGGGAAAGUAAAGGUCAAGAUGCCAAGGUUCGGUUUUGGCAAGUCAAAAGCAAAGGGAGGUAGUGCAGCGGAUCUAAGCUUCCAGGGGCCGGACGCAGAACUGCGAGCCGGUGGUAGUGGCGGCGUUAAGGCCUCCAAAGAGUUGAGUUUAAGUCACGGGGAGUUAGUGAGUGGCAAGUUGUCAGUAGAGGGAGGAUCUGGGCUUGGUGCGUCCCCUAAGAGCAAGUCAGCCUCACUGGAUCUUUUUAAGAAAUCAAGGCAUCGGUCUUCCUCUGUGGCGAGUGACGAGGGAGGUCUGGCUGUGUCUUCCCCCUCAGGUCACUUAAGUGCUGAGGGUGGCGACAUCUCUGUGGAUGUUGAUGGGGCCAAGGUGAAAGGAAAGAAGGGCAAGUUAAAGUUUGGCACCUUUGGUGGUUUUGGCUCAAAGUCGACGGGCUCAUAUGAAGUGUCACUGGGUGAAGAUAGUGAAGAGAGGGUAGAGGUGAGAAGUGGGGGUGUAUCUCUCCCCUCUAAAAAGUCUAGAAUCUCCUCAUCUUCCAGCACCGACAGUGGGUCUAGAGGUGGUUUCCAUUUCCCAAAACUCGAGUUGUCCGUGUCACCAAAGAAAUGA